AUGGCCGACCGUCAAGCCGAAAUCGAAGCUCUCCAAAGGGAGUUGGAUGCCACCAGAGCUCAACGGGAUGCCCUUCAAGAGCAAUUGGAUCGUGCGGAACAUCGAAUCGCAGAGCAUCAACUCGAGACCCGAGAACUGGAAGCGGAUGUACGAGCUGCUCAGCAUGAAGCCGUUAUGCUUCGCGAAGAUGCCCAUCGCCUUCGCAAAUUGUUGGGAGCAGAGAGGGAUCGCAGGGAGCAUCAGCGGGAGCAUCAACGGGAAGAAGUCAGAUAUCUCCAACGCCAAUUGGAGGAUCAGGAAGUAACCAUGACGGUUCUCCGUCGACAAGUCGAUGAUGCCAACGCCAGGCGCCAAAACUGA